AUGUGGGCUUCAGGGAUCAUUGCAGUAAUGGUGUCACUGGAGUGCUUGGAGAUGGGCAUGACCACUUUAAGCAAAGCAGCCAUGAGAAGAGGAAUGAAUAACUUCGUUUUUGUUGUGUAUUCCAAUGCCAUCGCCUUUCUCUUCCUUCUUCCUUCAACUUUCGUUUUUCACAGAAUAAGACCAUGUCCUCAACUCACGUUCUCUAUUGUCUCUAGAAUCUUUAUUCUUGCCUUCCUCAGUUAUUCUGCGCAGAUUUGCAUAUGUAUGGGGAUUGAGUAUAGUUCUCCAACUCUGGCCUCAGCAAUGGUUGCUCUCGUCCCAGGCUUUACCUUUAUAUUUGCCAGUGUCACAAGAAUGGAAAAGCUAGAGUUCAAAUUGAAGAGCAGCCUGGCCAAGUCCAUUGGGGCCAUAAUAUCAGUUGUAGGGGCAUUCAUUGUUACUUUCUACAAAGGCCCAGAGAUCCUGCUCUCUCAUGAAUCACCAUCUGAAGUACUUCCUCUGAUUUCCCCGUUGCCGCAAUCAAAUUGGAUCAUUGGAGGUUUUCUCCUUGCAAUUGCCAGUGUCAUGGUUGCAUCGUCGUGCAUUGUCCAGACCUGGAUUGUUAUGGACUACCCUGCAGGCCUGAUGAUAUCACUGAAUGCCUGCUUCUUUGUGACAAUCCAAUCAGUCAUAGUUGCUCUGAUUGCAGAAAGGGACUUAAAUGUUUGGAAGCUAGGACUUGAUAUGCAAUUGGUAACAAUUGGAUACUACGGAAUUUUGGUGCUUGCAAUUAAGGGAGUUGUUAUUACAUGGGUUUUGCACAAGAAAGGACCUGUCUUUGUUACAAUGUUUAAGCCACUUGGGAUGAUCAUUGCAUUUGUACUGGAAGUUAUUUUUCUUGGGGAUUGUCUCCAUUUUGGGAGCAUAAUUGGAGCAGCCAUAAUAGCUCUUGGUUUCUAUUCUGUGAUGUGGGGGAAAGCUCAAGAAAUGAAUAUAUUGGAACAGAGUGAAGUUCCCGAUUCUGACUCACCCACGGAUAAAAGCUGUCUUUUGGAACACAAUAAUAUGGGUGUAUGAAAUUUUCUAAAGAAAUCAAAGAAGAAACUACAUUAUGCAAAAUAAAAGAUGUGGUGUUUGGACAGACUUUAGACAUUUUUUCCUUCCCUUUCUUUCCUCAUUGAUUCCUAUUCUACUACUAGCUUUAUAGUUUGCUGUGAUUCAGAUAUGUUUGAAGGAAAAAAAAAAAAAAAAAGUAUGAAAAUGAUGAAAGAAAUAUCAGUAAUUUUUCUAUGGACUUGACUGCAUUCACAUUCUCUUUAAAAUAGAAUUAAAUAACAAAUAGUUUGCAACGGUUAAUUAAAAAAAAAAAAAACAUUUUGGAUGUAAGAAUAAGCAAUUGUGUAUUUACAUUUCAAUAUUUUCUUGACCACUUUUUUAAGACUUGCAGGUGUAAGAGUAAACCAAAUAAUGCAUUGC